CUUCGGGGCAGUCGAGGCUCGUCAGUGAACGAGUCAGCGUCUAAAGUUGCGGCUGUCUCGUAUCAAAUAUACAUACAAGACCGCGACGUUAUCGCAUUUAUCUGCUCCGAUAUUUUUAGUUUAUACAAACUAUACUAUCUUAAACAUUUCCUUCUCAUAAGACGGUAUUAAAAUGAUGGAGUUUGGACGGAAAAUUGAUUAAAGUUUAUCGUGAUGCGCGAUAUUUCACAAACUUAAUGUUAUUUAAAAGUAUAUAAAUUUGAGUGAACAAAAUCUCCAAUUUUUCGCUAACACACACAAGAAACAUUGUACUUACCGGCGAAAAUUGUAUGAGAUGGAGAAAUAUGAGAAUAUUGAGAUAGUAGGCGAGGGUAGUUAUGGACUUGUAAUGAAGUGCAAGCAUCGUGGAACCGGGCAAAUAGUAGCGAUAAAAAAGUUUUUGGAGACGGAAGAGGAUGUGCAGGUGCGAAAAAUGGCACUUCGCGAAAUAAUGAUGUUAAAGAAAUUACAUCACGAGAAUCUUGUGAACAUGAUCGAGGUCUUCCGCCGUAAGAAACGACUUUAUCUCGUCUUCGAGUAUCUCGAUCAUACCGUGCUCGAUGAAUUGGAGGAUGCUGGGGGUGGUCUUGACUGGGAAAGAUCGAGACGACAUAUUUUUCAAAUACUACGCGGUUUGGACUUUUGUCACAAUCACAAAAUCAUGCAUCGCGACGUAAAGCCCGAGAACGUGUUAGUUUCACCGAACGGCGUGAUCAAACUCUGCGACUUCGGCUUCGCGCGCUACAUCACCGGACCUAAUGAAUCUUGCACCGAUUACGUGGCGACGAGGUGGUAUCGCGCACCGGAACUCCUCCUCGGCGAUACCAGAUACGGUAGAGAGAUCGACGUCUGGGCAGCCGGCUGUAUUUACGCUGAAAUGGUCACCGGCCAGCCGCUCUUUCCCGGCGAUAGUGAAGUCGAUCAGCUGUAUCGCAUCACGAAGGUCUUUGGUCCUCUUUACGGGAAACAGCCAACGAACAGCAGCAGUCGUAUAUCAUUCCUACUUCGGCGUGCAAAACCCGAUGAGGUGUCGGGCUUACCAAGAUCCGCAACGGUGGCUCUCCGAGAUCUUUUUCCCACGUGGAGUCCGGUAACGAUCGAUUUCUUGGCACAGUGUCUGCGUACGGAUCCUGAUGCCAGGCCAAAGUGCUUCGCGUUGCUGCAGCACUCGUUUUUCUCGCAGGAUGGUUUCGCCGACAGAUUCCUUGACGAGCUGCAGCGACUCGUCGCGAAAGAAUCCGCAAUGAAUCCGCUUGCGGCUGAGAGAACGGAAAGGUCUUCCAGAAUCUGUCGCAGCAGCACCGGAAAAUGGCAGAUGACGUUAAUCAAGGAAAGGAGAGCGACGAAUAGUAACAAGAAACUGGAAGCUGCGAAGAACGACAAUUCGCGGGAAGAUCGAGUUGAUCGACCGCUGCAAAUAAAUCGAUCGCGUGAAUUGCGUUACCUUGGACCGAUCUCGGUAAUACCAAACACCACGUAUAUUCGUCGAUUGGAGCACAAAGGGCUUCUGAUCCCUGAAUCGAAGGGCUGUGUCUUACCGGCUCUGACAUCGAAGACGAACGCUAAAAGAAAAAAGCUCGAUCUCCCUGGCGUGAAAAAUCGUUGAGAGCACACUAAAGAUUUUUUUUUUUUUUUCUUGUAACAUUGACAUAUCAAGAAAAGAGUAUGAGAAAACUGUACAGAGAAACUCGUUAUGAAACUGCAGUGUAUAGAGAGCAUUGUACAUAUCUUAUAUUCUAUAUAUUCUAUAAGUGGAUAAAAUGGGUUUGUAAGAUGAGAUUUAUUUGCUCUGUAAAAAGGAAUGAACACACUGAAAAGAAUUCUUUAAUUUUAUGUGGAAUACAAAAAUACAUAUAUCCAUAUUUUCACAUACCUUUCAAAUUUUCUCAAGCUGCAAAAUAUCUCGCAACCACUGUACUUUAAUUCUUGAAAUUUUGGGAAAAGUCGCGAAAAUCCUGAUUUGAAGAUAUCAAUGAUGAAUGAUUUUCACUGUUUAUCUCAUUUUUCUCUCUAUUUCUUAUGUGUAAAUGGUAUAAUUUUGUGGUAUAAUUUGUGUAGUAUUAGAGAUUUAAUCUUUUCGUUUUAUUAAAAUUGCAAUCUUUAACUUAUUGAAG